UUAGUGACGUCUAUGGAGGGUGUAAAUGAGACGACAUUAGGGCCUUACAAAAGGAGAGCGGCUUCAGAGAGAGGUGAGAGUAGAAGUGGACCCCACAGCCUUGGGCAGAACAUGUGUUUCAACACAAAGCACCUUACUACAGCACCAGGGAUGGACACAGCAUGCUCAAGCACCAAGAAGCUCAAGGUUCUCAUCUUGUUGCUACUCGUCUCUCAUCUGGCCUGUGACGCUCAGGAGGUUGCCAACUGUUGCAGACAGAAAUCCCACUCCUGCCGUCUUUACGUCCUGCUCUGUCGCCCAGGUAAUGGGACGGGGACAAGGGGACCCCUCACUGAUGACGCAGCUGCUGGAAUCCUCACACUCGGUACGAAAGAAACUGAUGAACGUCGCUUCCAGAGCCGGUUGAAUCAGCUACUCCACGGGUCACGGAACCAAGCGGAGGGAAUCUUGACGAUGGGGAAGAGGACCGAAGACACAGCAGAACCGCUCAUGCGCUUGUUUCCCAUUUUAGAGACGGCCCCCACUACCACGGCCCAGUUGGUUCUACAACUACCGUUCAAGUGACUCAUCUGGAAAACAUCAAUGUUGAUGCAUCAUUUUUGAGGGACUGCGUCAAACAUGUAUAUAUGAAAACAUGGGUUUUGGGUCAAAUGUUCCUUUAAGAUUGAAUUUGUUUGUGGAGUAGGUGUGUUAGUAAUGUUGUAAAUAUUGUAUAUGAUCUCAUUGGUGUAAUAAAUGUGAUAACGUUCACGUAGCACAGUUGAACUUGCUUCCCUGGUGUCUCUGUAUUUUAGGUGAUGGGAAAGUAAAUAUGAAGAAAGUGACUGUCAUGAGGGUUGAGUCAUCUAGUUGUGUCUAUGUUAUGGCAUCACAGUCAGACAACCCCAAUAGCCCCAACCAGCACAAAUCAUCAACGCCUCAAUCAGCCACAAGCACAUGUCUGGAUGGG